AUGGGUACUCUAGCGAAAGGGGUAUACUACAGCACCAGGUUAGAGGGAAUUUUUUACUAUAGAACAGAACGCGGGGUUGGCUGGUUUGCUUAUGCUAUCCCGCUUCCUCUAGCUGGUUUAGAACCUUCCCAUACUGAUAAUGAAAUAGAUCUAGCUCUAGUACCAGGUCUACCCCCUACUCUAGAACCUACAGCGCUGGUGGGAUUACUAACUACGCAUACAUACCUUACUUUAGCUCUAGAACUCGAAAGAGGGGCUUACUUGUUGGCAGAGUUCUGGGCAGAGGUCGUCCUAACCUUCGUCUAUCUGAUUCACCGUCUUUCGUCUUCCGUUCUUUCUGACAUUUCUCCGAACCCCCUCUCGGACUCCCCCACCCAUUCUUGCCUCAAGACAGACUCUCGCAGCGAAGAUGGAGAUUUGCCUCUUCAUGUUCUUGACAACUCCACUGCUGCCCAUACUGAAAUAGCUCUGGCAGACCUCUCUUCCGGCAUGAUUAUAAGCUCUCUCUGCCUUCUGGUUCCACGCUACGCUGGUCAACAGUCUGGCUGGCUGGGUGAGACUGUUUAUGUGCCACCCGUGACUUCCCACAAAUCAUGCACCUUAAGAUACGACCUUGUGCAUGUCGACCAAUGGUCGAGUUCAGCUUUUCGCCAACCAGGUUAG